UAGCAAGGUGAGGCAGAGAGAUACCUAGCGGCCACUCGGCAUAUCCGACUCAUAUCCGCCAGCCUCGCUGUGGUGAAUGCUAACCGCGUGGUUGAAUGCAUCUUACACAAAGCAAGGACGCAGUCGUAGCACACGACACUGCACCAUUCGGUGACACCAUGACCUCUGCACCCUGUUGGAAAAGAAAUGCAGGUGCAAAGUGUCGCCGGCUGACCCAGGUUGCCUUUGUAGCGCUUACUCUGUGCGUACUGUUCAUUCAGAAGCCAUGUCUACUUCCUCUGCCCGGAUACCAGCAGCUUAUGGGCGAACCACGGACUUGGGACGCAGCGGCCGGUGGGGAUGCAAGUAUUGAAUCCUCAGUUGUUCCCGUCACCUCAGCCUAUAAGCCACUGGAAGUCGAUAUACUGGCUGAUUUCCCUAAGAAAAUCGUUCAGACAACGACUACGGCAGGCAAGCGUGAUUUCGAGCAGAUGUGGAAGUCGUGGAGAGAUCUGAAUCCGGACUACACUUAUUGGAUCAUGAAGGAUGAUGUGCUUGACGAUUUUGUUGAUCAGCAUUUCUCGGUGCGACCAGCAAUCAAAAGAUUUUGGAAGCAAUUGAAUACGCCUGUCUUACGGACAGACUUUCUUCGAUAUCUGGUCAUGUUCGCCCGCGGUGGGGUCUAUAGUGACAUCGAUACCUCAGUUGUUAAACCAAUCCAUGACUGGAUUCCGAGGAGGUUUUUGGACGAUGCAGAGAAACCCGUGAAUGUGGUAGUUGGGAUUGAGCGCGAUCAGACCAAAGAAGGAGCAUUGCGCCCUAUUGGCUUCGUGCAGUGGACCUUGAUGACGAAGCCAGGACAUGAACUAUUUGAAAAAGCCAUCUAUCGCGUUAUGAGUAAUAUCGAGUUUCUGGCGGGAGUUCAGCGGGUACCGGUAGAUCGUGUGGUCAUACCAAAAGCAGACGCAGUCGAAGCAACUGGGCCAGGAAUGUUCACAGACGUGGUUAUCGAAGUCCUUCGUGAACAGGGGAUCGGCGUGGACUGGUUGCUGUUCAGUAACCUAACAGAACCUAUCCUGUUGGGAGACAUUUUGUUCCUCCCUAUUAAUGCCUUCUGUGGGAGACAUUGCAGGAGUGAUUCUCCGGAAUAUGGCGAUAUAUAUGUGCAGCAUCAUCACCAAAACGGUUGGUUCUCAAGUCAGCCCAUGGAAUAUAGUGAACAGGAGACGACCUGACAUUAUGUACAAAAAUUUUGAUUCUUCUCG